AUGACGCUCAGUAUCUCGAUUGAUCCAGACCCGCACGGCUCGGAUCACUCUUUCUCCGACGAAGACUCGUCUGGUGUACAUGUGUCGGCACCCUCAGAUGGAAGCCAUGACUACCAGGAGGACUAUGAUGAGUGGGCGCAUUUGCCUUAUCCGCAUGAAUUGAAAUCGUCUGAUUCAGCCUCCCGACCAAGAACUUCACGCAGCCGCCCGACCCACGGUUCACACUCCGCUUCGGGCCGUCGCCCAACACCCCGACGUAUGAUUCCAGAACGCGACCCGUACGCCUCUCGAGGCCGAAGACAGCAAUCCCCCGAUUCUCCUGAUAGUGGGGAUUUGGAAGAAUAUACAACUGCUCACUUUGACCAACCACCACCCAAUCGGAGGGGAUGGCCCCCAACAACAACUCCCCCUGCUUAUGCUCAUAGCCAGUCCUCUGGUCAAUCUUACAAUCCCUACCCGCCUGCGCAUGUUCAUCCGCCUUUUGCGCAUCCCAACCCCCAAGGCACCUCUGAUCUGAUGAGAAUCGGUCAUCCUAACCAAGCCGCGCAACCCCAUUAUGGGGCUCAUUCGCCCUACGGGUAUAACCCUCAAUAUCCACACUCCCAUGGCGCUCCUAUGCAUCCCUACUUCCCAGAUCAACCCCAACAACGGCAUAUGCCUCGCCAGCCACAUCAGCCGCGAAAUGAUCUACACAAUCCCCAGGCACAUAUGCCACACCCCAUGGCGCCCCAUGGCGCCCCAGGCCCUUAUGGGGCACCUCCUUUCCCUUCCCAUGAGUUGAUGGCGUAUGGACAAGCCGGUUAUUAUCGAGAUCCCAACUACUUUGGGGCAUCGAUGCCGGGCAUGAUGCCUUCUCCUUUUUGGCCAGUUCCUUACCCCCAAAUAUCCUCCCCUCCGGCACCAGUGGAACGAAAGCCUUCCCCACCUCCACCUGCCCCGCCAGCUCCAGCGCCAGCACCACCGCCAGAACCAGCCCCGGCUCCAGCGCCGCCGCCGCCGCCGCCAGCUCCUACCCCCGCUGAAAUAGCUAAAGAUGAAGCGAUCGCCCGGCUAGAACAGUUGAUUAUCAAUGAUCGCAAAGACCGCGAGGAUAAAGAAAAAGCCAUCCAAGACGCCAAAGAUCGUGCUGCUGCUGAAAAGGCAGCGCAAGAGGCGCAGACAGCGCACGACAUGAAGAUUGCCACGGAAGCUGCGGCUCUUGCGCGAGCUGAUGCAGAGGCCAAGGCAGCAGAGGAUGCGGCUAAGGCUAAGGAGGAGGCCGAAAAGGCGGCUGCUGCUGCUGCUUCAGAUGCUGCUGCUGCUGCAACGACUGCUGCUACUGAGGCUGCAGCCGCCGCCGCCGCGGAAGCUGCGAAACCACCUCCUCCACCGCCUGGUCCCGAAAAAAAGAAGCCUAUCAAGUUCAAAGACGCUGUUGGUAGAAAGUUCAGCUUUCCAUUCGAGCUUUGUGCCACAUGGCAGGGGAUGGAGGAGCUUAUUCGACAGGCCUUUCUUCAUAUUGAAGUGAUCGGUCCCCAUGUGGCCGAUGGACACUACGAUCUAAUUGGUCCGAAUGGGGACAUUAUCCUUCCACAGGUCUGGGAAACCGUGAUUGAGCCCGAUUGGUCUAUCACCAUGCAUAUGUGGCCAAUUCCCGAGAAGCCAAAGGAAGACCCUCCCCCAGCAGAGGCACCACCUCCCGAAAAACCUGCGGAGGCGCCUCCAGAGCCUAAGAAGAAGGCAGAGACGGGUAAUAAGAAGGCAAAAGCCAAGAAUCCGCCGAUGCCAGGAAGCUUCGCGAUGUGGAUGCUAGGUAGUAACGCCAGGCCGAAGCAGGCUCCCAAGGUGGAAAAGAAGCCUGAACCGCCUGCUCCUGCGCCUCCUUCGUGA